UGCAUGUGCCUGGCAUCUUUUACCCGUUCCGAACGUCCAAGAGCCGAGGAAAACAAGUACUAAGGCGCUAAACAGCAAUACGGUAAUUCAUAUAUCGAAGCUCCAAUCCUAUCUCCAACCAUUUACGGCAUCCGGACCAUGUAGGACGACCUCGAGAUUUAUUGCGCGCGUGUGAUUCUCGUAGCCCAGCAGGUGGGUGUUUUGGUGGACGUUGUCGCAUGAUGGAGGGCGCCACCUCCCGCGCUGCGCCACAUUUGUGGGCACCCCCAGGACGACUGUAACUUAGAUUUCCAAUGGGGUCCGCAAACACUACUAUCACAGCGCCGCAGAAUGAUGAAAGUUUCUGCCUCGACCGCUCCCGACGCGUCUCCUGACCUUACCCCCGCCCAUGUCGACGAUCCGCAGUUACCCUCCUCCGAAGAGGAGGAUGCCGUGAAUAGCGAGUCCUCCGACCACGAAGAGGAGAAUACUUCGUCCACAGGAGUAGACGGCCACAGUCGAGCCGGUGCUGCUGGAAGUACGGCCGGCGAAGACCAUGAUGGCGACGGCUCUGACCCCGUCGACAAUGCACAAGCUGCUGGGAUGCUACCGCGCGAUAAGCAGAAGAAAACAGCCUACUACGAUUAUGCGUCCGAGAAGCAGAUGAGCCAUAGCGAGGCAAGGCAGUUCUAUCAGCGGCACCAACUGGAGGGUUUCGGAGGUUCGCAAGCAGGAGAUGGUUACAGCCCUAUAUUACGGGCAAAGACGUUCCCUGUCAACUUCACUGGCGGCGAGGGGAAUGACCUGCUUGGAAGAGAAGAUAGCAUUCACUCUCGGAGGAGCAAUAUCAGUCUUCCUAAUCAGGCACAAAAGUCCGCGCUGGCCAUUGGCUUGUCACAGCCGGAACAGUCACACGAAGCGCGACCACAAGCACAGCCCUCUGCGCAAGGUCCCUUUCCGACAGAUAUGCUUCUACAGGCCGACCAGCAAGCCAGAGACCACACUCGACACCCCGGGCUCCCGCACGAGCAAAAGCCGUCACUCCUUACAAGUCAAGGCAUACAUGGUGCAGGCGCCGGUAUAGGAAUAGGAACAGGAGCUGGUGGCUUCGCCAUGUCGGAUAGUGAGGUCACCGCUGAACUUAGCACCAUCUACACCAAUGUGCAGAAGGUGCUGGAUCUCCGGCACAAAUAUGUCCGUUUAUCUCUGCAAGGCUCCGGGGACAAUCCCAAAGACGAUCCGAGCUGGAAGAUCUACCCGCCUCACCCGGAACCCGUAUGGGACGACUCGAAAGAACGUCAUAAUGGAACGAAUAGUAUGCAGAAUAGUGCCUUAGUGGAGUCCGGCGAAUUGCCCAAACCGCCCAGAAAGAUGGGAAAAGAUAUUGGAGAGGACUUUCACAUUGAGGAAGUGCCAAUACCGGGGCCCUCCGAGAUGUCGUUCCGCCUGGAUGACAGUGGAGUCUUCCAGGUUUAUGAAAACAGCUCAGCAGAACUCGAUGCCCCGAUUGUGGCCAUACCCACGCUGCGAGAUUUUUAUAUCGAUUUAGAUACUGUUCUCGAUGUUUCAUCUGAUGGCCCCAGCAAGAGUUUCGCAUUCCGCAGGCUUCAGUAUCUGGAAGGAAAAUUCAACCUCUACUAUCUUCUUAAUGAGUACCAGGAAAUAGCCGACAGCAAGAGAGUGCCACAUCGAGACUUCUAUAACGUAAGGAAAGUGGAUACGCACGUUCACCAUUCGGCAUGUAUGAACCAGAAGCAUCUUCUCCGCUUCAUCAAGUCUAAGAUGAAGAAGUCGCCUGACGAGAUCGUGUUGUUUCGCGACGGGAAGCAUUUGACUCUCAAGGAGGUCUUCGAGUCGAUCAAUUUGACCGCCUACGAUCUCAGUAUUGACACGUUGGAUAUGCAUGCUCACACCGAUACAUUCCAUCGCUUCGACAAGUUCAACUUGAAAUAUAACCCGAUUGGUGAAUCCCGCCUGCGCACAAUAUUCUUGAAAACCGACAACUUUAUCAAGGGCCGCUAUCUCGCCGAAAUCACGAAAGAGGUCAUAUCUGAUCUGGAGUCCAGCAAGUAUCAGAUGGUAGAAUGGCGCAUCUCCAUAUAUGGUCGCGAACUUGCAGAGUGGGACAAGCUCGCGGCAUGGGUCGUGGACAAUAAGCUGUUCUCGCCAAAUGUACGCUGGCUCAUCCAAAUCCCACGCCUGUACGACGUCUACAAGGCUACAAACCUCGUGGAAAAUUUCGAACAGAUCGUCGUGAACGUCUUCCAGCCUCUCUUCGAGGUCACCAAAGAUCCCUCGAGCCAUCCGAAACUGCACAUCUUUCUGCAGAGAGUGAUAGGCUUUGACAGCGUUGAUGAUGAGAGCAAGGUUGAAAGACGCUUGUACAAGAAGUUUCCCGUACCGAGAGUCUGGAAUUCAAAGCAGAAUCCACCUUACAGUUACUGGAUGUACUACCUGUUUGCCAAUAUGGCUUCAUUGAAUUACUGGCGGAAGCAACGGGGGUUCAACACUUUCCUUCUUCGGCCGCACUGUGGUGAAGCUGGUGACACAGAUCACUUGGCUGCCGCCGCGCUAUGCUGCCAUAGUAUCAGUCACGGCCUUCUACUGCGAAAGGUACCGCUUCUGCAGUACAUCUUCUACCUCGAGCAGAUCGGCAUUGCUAUGUCGCCCCUCAGCAACAAUGCGCUCUUUCUAGCAUACGAACGGAACCCAUUCUUAAGUUACUUCAGACGGGGUCUGAAUGUAUCCCUGUCGACGGACGAUCCUCUGCAAUUCGCUUUUACCAAAGAACCCUUGAUUGAAGAAUAUUCGGUGGCAGCUCAGAUCUACAAACUUAGUGCUGUGGAUAUGUGCGAGCUUGCUAAGCAUUCGGUCGAGCAGAGUGGAUUUGAGCAUACUGUCAAACAGCGCUGGCUGGGAAACAAUUACCAUCUACCUGGAGUGGCCGGGAAUGACAUGGCAAAAUCGAAUGUCCCAAGCAUCAGAGAGGCGUUUCGACACGAGACCUUGGCCCAAGAGUUCGAGAUGAUCAAUCGUUACACGCGUGGGACCCAGACCAGGGCGAACAGCCUCACUGCAUCGAAUCUGCAACCCGGCAGCGCGCCUGGCCUCCAGACGCCGAAGUCGACGUUUGCCACACAUGCAGGCUCCCCUGCCGCUUCACUGCCCACAAAUCCGUCCGCUUCCAAUUUGGCAGAGCACGUACAUUUCGCACUGCCACCGGGUGCCUAUCAAGGAUCACCGGUGUUCCACACGCAACAGGCCCGUAUUCCCGCCACGCCAACCCAGCCAGGUGCUCCUACACAGCCAACUUCGCCCACACGAACCAAGGAUGAGCACUUCGAGCGGCCCCGGCGUAGCUCUAUGGCUCUCAACCACGGAGUCACUGUAGUCCCACAGCCUACUCAAGGGGUGCUUGACCCAGUAGUUCCCCCGCAAAACCUGCAGGCACAAGCAUCCCAGGUCCAAAGUCCUGAAGAGCUCACUUCGCCUCGCACCGCUGGCGCACCAGGAAUGACUAUUGAUCCCAAUGAGCCAAGAAUCUUUCCAGGCGUUGUUAGUAGGAGGAGGCGGAGCAGCCUGCGGGGACAUAGUGUUAUUGAGGUUGACCAAGCACAAGGUCAGGACAAGACAUGAAGGUCAGGGAUUAGGAGGAACGAAGGUGCUGGUGCUGUUGAGGAGCAUGACUCCAAUACCUAAGGCAAUUAUAACGGUUAGGUGACGUCAAACACUUGCCAGCGGUUUCGGUUGAUAGAAACUUCUGCUCUUUCCUCAGUGGAAUUAUGAAACCCUGAAUUUGGUAUAGGGGUUGGUUGGCGUAUUCGCACGUCGAAUAGACAAUACAAUUACCCCCAUUACGCACGC